AUGUCUGAUAAUAUAGAAUGGACAGUAGAACAACUUCCUGACCUUUCUGGAAGAGUUGCUAUUGUUACUGGUGGAAACUCUGGAAUAGGUUUUGUAACAGUUCGUGAACUUCUAAAAAAAGGAUGUAAAGUUUAUAUUGCUUCACGUUCUCAAGAACGAACAAACGAGGCGAUUAAGAAUAUUAAAGAAACUCUACCAAAUGCAGAUGUUUUUUGGCUUGAAUAUGAUGCCUGUAGUUUUGAUAGUGUUAAAAAUGCUGCUUUAACAUUUUUAAAUAAAGAAUUAAAACUUCAUAUUUUAAUCAAUAACGCUGGAAUUAUGGCGUCUCCGUAUUCAGAAACAAAAGAUGGAUUUGAAAUACAACUUCAAACGAAUUAUUUUUCUCAUUACUUUUUUACCCGUUUGCUAUUGCCUAUUAUGAAGAAAACAGCUGAAAAAGAAAAAGAAGGAACAGUUCGUAUUAUAAAUGUAAGCAGUAGAGCUCAUUCUAUGUCUUUAAAAAAUAUUACUUAUAAUGAUUUAAAUAUGAAAUCAUUUCGAUAUUGGCCUGAAUUUUUAGUUAAAUGGUUGAGAUAUGCUCAAAGCAAGUUGGCUAUUAUUCUUUUUACAAAAUCAUUAUAUCAAAAACUUUCUCAAGAUGGGAUUUAUGCAAUAUCUGUUCAUCCGGGUGUAGUAAGGACUGGACUAUUUAAGCAUUGUAUGUUUUUUAAAAAUUCUUUAUUUUUAAAUUUUUUUUUAAACUUUUCGCGAAUAUUUAUAGAUAAAGAGAAAGGUGCUAUAACUCAGAUUUUUGCUGCAGCUGCCACUGAUGUUGUAGAAAAAAAGCUUAAUGGGGAGUAUUUAGUUCCCUAUUGUAGAAAAAUGUUUGUGUCAGGUGAUUGUAGUAUAAAAGCUUCUGAAGAACUUUGGGAUUUUUCCGAAAAAGAAUUAAAAAAUAGGGGUUAUUUACAAGAAUAA